CAUGAAAUUAGACGCACGGAGAUUCAAACUGGUCGGCGGGUCGUUAGAGAAUAGACGGUAAAAAUAAAACACAGCAAAGACUCAUUGUGAAGAAUAAACCGAAAACAGUCGAAAAUGACCAGCACGCUGAAAGGUAUUACGCUUAAAGGAAGCGCGGAGUUAGUGGCCGAGUUUUUCUCGUUUGGCAUCAACAGCAUCCUGUACCAGCGAGGCAUAUAUCCCCCGGAGACCUUCACCAGAGUUACCCAGUAUGACAUGAGCCUUCAGCUGACCACCGAUGUCAAGCUAAAGAACUACCUGACCAACGUGGUGUCUCAGCUCAAAGAGUGGCUGUUUGAGUGCACAGUACAGAAGCUGGUGUUGGUCAUCACAUGUCUGGAAACCAACGAGGUGCUGGAGAGAUGGCAGUUCGACAUUGAGUGUGACAAGUCAGCCAAGGAGAGCAGUGCUCCCAGAGAGAAAUCCAUCAAGACCAUUCAGGAUGAGAUCCGCUCUGUCAUCAGACAGAUCACAGCCACUGUGACCUUCCUGCCUCUGCUGGAGAGUGCAUGUUCCUUCGAUCUGCUGGUCUACACCGACAAAGACCUGGUGGUACCCGACAGAUGGGAGGAGUCUGGCCCACAGAUCAUCAGCCAAUCAGAGGAGGUGCGUUUGCGCUCCUUCACCACCUCCAUCCACAAGGUGAACAGCAUGGUGGCAUACAAGAAGACCGACUCAGUCUGAUCCUUGGCAUUGUCGGGCUCACUUGACCCUAUCACCUGUAUAUAGUCAACCACUUCCCCUGGAUUUUACACUGCCCUGUCCUACCUCGCUGUUUGGUUCUGUCUACUCCUGUAUACUGAAGAUUUCACUUCCUCUUUCUCCCUGAUCAUCAUUAAUGUGCCUUUUUUCAGAAGGGCAUUUUUGACUCAUGGAGUAUCUUUAUUGAUGUAAAUAUUCUUCUAACCAGUGGCCUUUUCUCCACCCUGAAAAAUCCUGAAUUUUCUUUUGCAAGUUCAAGUUUUGCAUUGUUAUUCUUGCUCUUUCAAGUUUCCAGCCUGUUUUAGAAGCUAGUGGUUUACAUGUUGGACUUUUAUGAAACGCCAAGUAAACAAUAAAUACAUUCUCCUUCCAGCACCCUCAA